AUGGAUGGGCAUGAUUCAGAAGAUUCAAAGCAAAGCACCGCAGACAUGUCUGCUUUUGUGCAAAACCUUCUUCAGCAGAUGAUACCUCCUGGAGUGGUUGAAAUGAAAUCUAUUUUGUGUUUUCUUGACUGUGAUUCACUUGACGAGAUGGGAACUCGCAUAAAUGAGUUGGAGCAUAGCAUCAACGACCUAAGAACAGAGAUGGGAAUCGAGGGCUCUCCAUCUCCCGUGCAGCAGCCCAAGCCAGAGGCAGGUGAAGUGAAGCAACAAGAAGGUUCUGCAUAA